CAAUUUGAGCCACGCCUACAAAUAAAAAUGGCCGACAGUGGCUCCUUCAGUGGAGGGUCAAGAUUGGCUCCUCCUUCGAGAUACGACGAGGACAAUCUUCUCCUCGAGGAGGAGACGUUGAAAAAAGAAUUUAAAUGGCUCCUUGAAGUUGAAUUUGAGACCACACUAGAUGCCAUUAAGAAAUGCCUUACUGAGUGUGCUAGAAAACUUUCGGUUGUACUAGAUCCUCAUUCAAAGAAGGACAGUCACAAGAUACUCCUGAGACAUCCUCAGCAAGGUGAACCUGUUCUAUGUGUUGCUUCAGUCGACGGUGACAAGAUAUCAAAAGCCGAUGUGACACUGAGACAGGCAGGCCGGCUGGGAACUCAUAAGCCGCUAAGAACCUCAAUAAAGGAGCACGCUGCAUGGAAACUCAGACAAAUACAAAAUUCAGCUAAUCAGUUUCUUCUUGCUCAGCAGAAGCUGUCCUUCAUCAUACAAAACAGAGAGAGUCUAUCAACUCCUUUAGCCUUAUGCCAAGCACUGGUUGAGCUUGCAAGUAAUCUACAAGAGGCUGAGCGGGUCCUCGUGGUACCUCAGCUACCGUCCGUGUCUGAGAUACAUUCUGCUGAACUUAGAAGUCAUUUCAAGCCUGAAUUACCAGAAGACACAGUAGUACGAUUCCACAUUCAUGCCGACAACCUGGUACUCACAAUAUUCAACGUGUCUCCUGUUGGAAAACCCUCAACUAACGUUGACCAUACUCUUUGUGAUGGAUAUACAUUUGAACAUAGUGCUGGUUUUUACGAGGUUACUAACAUGAUUCAGGUCCAAUCAGUUGUCCCCUGGCUUUCCUCGGUUCUCCGCUGGUUCCAAGAGGCACAAGAACUCACUCAAGACUUUAUUGACAAAAUUGAAAUCUUCAAAAGCAUUCACUACUGAAGAUAACCUACAGUACAUUAUAAUAUAACUAUAACUGCACCUGUAGUCCAUGAUAAUAAUUGCAUGUGUGUUUUUGAAUAAAUACAAAGUAUAAACAAAUUUUUUUACAUGCAAAUGCUGCAAAUUUUUUUCUACAUUUUCACUGGACUUAGUGACUCCAUGCACAAUACAUUCAAGCAAAAAUAAUAGUAAUAAUAAUAAUUAUUAUUAUUAUCACUAUUAUUAUUACUAUUGUUUUUUUAAAAGAAUUCCGUGGUCAAGUUCAUCUUAUUCUCAGAA